AUGGAUAACCAAAUAAAUUGCACAGAGGCUGAGGAAGAUAUUUUCGACCUGAUAAUAAGGCAUGCUAAGGAGUUUGGGGAUGUAGUUCCGAGAGUUGCAGGAGGAUGGGUUAGAGAUAAGAUAAUGGGAAACCCUAGCUUUGAUAUGGAUAUAGCAUUGGAGAAUAUAAGUGGGUACAAAUUUGCAGCAGGACUAGUGAAGUCUGCAACAGGCCAGAAGCUCACCGAGGUCCAUGUAAUAAAGGACAACCCAGAUAAGUCUAAGCAUCUAGAAACUGCAGUUGUAAGGAUAAAUGGGUUCUGCGUCGACUUUGUGAAUCUAAGGAAUGAAACGUAUUCUGAGACAAGAAUCCCCAAUAUAAAUCCCGGAACACCGCAAGAAGAUGCUUUCCGUCGGGACCUAACCAUCAAUUCAUUAUUCUACAAUUUGUUUACUAGAAGGAUUGAAGACUAUACUGGAAGGGGCAUUGACGACAUAAAAGGAAAGAUACUAAGGACACCUUUAGACCCAAGAACAACCCUCUUUGAUGACCCUUUAAGGCUUGUGAGGAUUUUCCGGUUUCAUUCGAAGUUUGGGUUCAAGAUUGAUGAAAAGAUUGACGAGGCCCUAUUAGAUGAAAGGAUCAAAACUGCGUUGGGAAAGAAAGUUUCAAACGAAAGGAUCCAUAUAGAAAUAUUUAAGAUUCUUCACUAUCCAAGAGGGCAGUACGGGCUUCUAGAGAUAAUUAGAAGAGGAUAUGUAAACCCUAUAUUUAAGCCCCCCGUGCAAAGGGAGACUUCUUAUGAAAAGGGGAUAGUGUUUUGCGAGAUUAUAGAGAAAAUCACUAACUUGUGGGGAAGGCCAUAUAGAAGAGAGGUUCUGAAUCUCUACACCGUGCUGUGUUUUUUUAGAGGGUCAACUAUUCCAAGUCAAAAGGGCACCAUUUUCUCAAAUACAUAUAUCAUGAAGAAAUCACUUCCAUCUUCCAAAAAAUUUGUUAAGAUGAUAGAUAAGAUCGAGGAAAGCCUUGAUUUCCUGUCCAGAUGCGAUAUGAAGAGGCUAGGAAGUGAGGACUUGAUACGGAUGGUAAGGUUCAUGGGGGAGAUGUGGUAUGAGUCAUUGGUAGUAUAUUCUGCAAUUGAAUACAUGGAAGGAAGGAAGGAAAAGUAUCAGGAUGGAUUAAGGGCUGUGUACAGUAUUUCCCAGGAAGACAUUGGGGAAUGCUAUCUUUCUAAGGCCAUAGUAGACACAAGAAAACUAGCUCAAACCCUAGGAAUCCCGAAAGCAGACACAAAGUUUUAUAUUGAGGAAAGCAUUGUGUAUCAACUCCUUAGUGGGGUAAAAGCCCCUGAAGAAAUCAUUGGCCAUUUAAGAAGUAUAAAAACUGUAAGAGACACACAUCAAAAAAAGCUUUAA